ACAAUGAUCUUCAAUGCUUUAGUUCCAAUACCAGAUAACAGCUCUAGUGUCUCUGUCAUUGGGUUGAAUGUGACAGGUCUGGACUGGAGCCAGCUGAGUAAGAAGGAGUGUCUGAAGUACGGAGGGGCUCUGGUGGGAAAGACCUGCAAGUACGUCCCCGAUCUGGCCCUCAUGUCCUUCAUCCUCUUCUUCGGCACCUACUCCAUGACCGUCAGCCUCAAGAAGUUCAAGUUCAGCCGCUACUUCCCCACCAAGGUGAGGAGAAUAUCUGCCUGAGCGU